AUGUGGUUCUUUCGUCUGGGAGCGGAAUCAUGGUGGGCUCAGGAGUCACGCCUGUUGUCUGCACAGGAUGCCAUAAGCUGGGAUGUUUUCAGGCACAUAUUUAAGGCCAGAUUCGUACCACCUGAAUACAAGGAUCGAAAGAGAGACGAGUUCACAGAGUUGAAGCAAGGUAAAAUGUCAGCAACAAAAUAUCACCGGAAAUUCACUGAUUUAUCUCGUUAUUGUCCUGCUAUUGCUGAAAAUCCUAGAGAGAUGCUUCGUCAGUUUAAGAAGGGAACUCGUAAGCGACUUCGUUCUUUGGCGGCCUCUACUCCAUGCUCCACCUAUCAAGAAUUAUUUGAGAUUCUGCUUCGUGUUGAAGAUUCUAAAAAUGGCCCUGAUGAUGAGGAUAAUAUACACCUCAAAGGAACUCCAACAAUUUCGGUGCUCAAUUCUGUCACAGGUGCAAUAAUCGCCACUACGAUGAAUGGCAGCUAUCAGCAGUACCAUGGAGGUUAUACACCGUAUCUGGGUGAUGGAGCACAAUGGUUUAUUGGAGGACAAUAUCAGAAUCUUGAUGUAGCUUCUAGCAGUUGCGGAUCGGGUGAACGUAGUGGUUUGAAACACGGAGUUAUCUCUGCCAUGAGGGCGAAGCGAAUGUUGAGAAAGGGUUAUCAAGGCUACUUAGCUCAUGUAGUGAUGACUGAGGAUACUUCUGCUCGUGUGGAACACAUUCGGGUAGGCAGACACUUUCCUAAUGCUUUUCCCGAUGAUUUACCUAGCUUACCACUAGAUCGUGAAGUAGAGUUCACCAUCGACCUAAUUCCAAGUACUGACCCUAUUUCUCUAGCUCCUUAUCAUAUAGCUCCUGCAGAGUUGAGAGAAUUACAAGAACUUGUUGAUAAGGGGUUUAUUCAGCCGAGCACUUCCCCUUGGGGAGCUCCAGUCUUGUUUGUAAGGAAGAAAGACGGAACAUUGAGGCUAUGUAUUGAUUACACACAGCUGAAUCGGGUAACGAUUAAAAAUCAUUAUUUGUUGCUUCGUAUCAAUGAUCUUUUUUAUCAGCUUCGUGGUGCUUACGUUUUCUCAAAAAUCGAUUUAAGGUUUGGUUAUUAUCACCUGAAGAUCAAAAGUGAUGAUGUUCCGAAAAUAACUUUUCGAACUCGAUACGGUCAUUAUGAGUUUCUUGUGAUGCCAUUCGAGUUAACUAAUGCUUCAGCAGCUUUUAUGGACUUGAUGAAUCGUGUAUUCCACCCGUACCUUGACAAGUUCUUAAUUGUCUUCAUCGAUGACAUUUUGGUGUAUUCUAAGAGCGAGGCUAACCAUGCUAGACAUUUAUGUUUGGUUUUGAAAAAGCUAAAGGAGAAUCAACUGUACGCUAAAUUCAGUAAAUGCUAG